CUGAAGGUCGCAGGUGAGUAUAUAAGACGGAGACUCGACUGCUUCUCGAUAUACUAAGUUCUGACUUCGAACUCGCAGCUAUGAAGGUCCUGGUCAUCCUCACUCUCUGCCUUGUGGCCCUCGCAGCCGCACGUCCUUCAGACAUCGUGGACUUCGAGUUGGACAACCACGAGCAGGAGCAGGAGGGUCAGCCAGGAAGGGCCGUCGAGGGCGAGUACUCCUGGGUAGCGCCCGACGGCAACGAGUAUUACGUCAAGUACGUCGCCGACCACCUCGGCUACAGGGUCGUCGAUGACAACGUCGUGCCCGAAGCCCCUGAGGCGGACUUCCCCGAGGUCGAGGAUGACGAAUAGAGGCUUAGAUGAUGAGGAUGUAUUUGGGACACGAUUGGCAAAUUGAAUAAAGAUUAUUUUUGUAUAGAAAA